AUGGGCAAGACGAAGAGGCCAAAGGUGAAGGCUUCCAGUUCUAAGCCAUACUCGAAAGCUGCAGCUGCAAACACGAAAUCUCGAUCUUCCUUGCGCAAGCUCACAAAUGACGCGAAAUCUCCAUCCCCACCAGUUCCCUUUCUGUCUAGCGACCGCAUCCUUCUGGUUGGGGAAGGCGACUUUUCGUUCUCCAGCUCCCUUCUCAGCGCCCAUCGUUGCACUCAUUUGAUUGCGACUAGCUACGACAAAGUCUCCGCGCUCCGAAGCAAAUAUCCACAAGCAGCCUCCAACAUCGCCGCCCUCGAAACAGAGGAGAAUUGCAUAGUUCGGUAUGGGGUUGACGCAACCAAGCUUGGGAAACCAGGAGUAGCAGAAGGCGGUGGAGGAGGAAAAGAGGUCAAGAAGGGCGGCUUUGACAAAGUAGUAUUCAAUUUCCCGCACGUGGGCGGCUUGACAAAGGAUGUGAAUCGACAGGUCAGGCACAACCAAGAACUCCUCGUCGGUUUUUUCAAAGCUGCGCUACCGUUGCUGGCUCCUUCAGGAUCGAUCAUUGUUACUAUCUUCGACGGCGAGCCGUACGAACUUUGGAACGUCAGAGAUCUCGCGCGACAUGUGGGCUUGAAGGUUGAGCGGAGCUUCAAAUUCCAGGCCUGUGCCUAUCCAGGAUACCAACACGCCAGGACUCUCGGGAACAUUGAAGGCGGAGGAGGCUGGAAGGGUGUUGAUCGGCCAGCCAGGACGUAUGUCUUCGAGGUCAACGAUGGAGGAACACGGGAAGCACUAAGGAGCAAAAAGAAAAGCGAAGACAGUGACUCGGAAGAUGACUGA